CGGAUCCGACACCGCCCGGUGACAAACACGAAAUGAGAAGUUGAUGCAGAGAAGACGGCUAGGGUUUGCGGAGAGAGGAAAAGGGAGAUGAAGAAGUACGGACUCCAGCUCCGGAUUCCGCCGGGCCAGCAAAAGCCGGUGGCGGCGAAGCCCCCCCUCCGUCCUCCGCCGGUCUUCGGCGAUGACGACGAGGACGACGUCGAGAGGGAGAUCUCUCGCCAAGCUUCUAAGAACCAGGCCCUCCAGAAGAUAGAAGAACAGCACAAGAAGGCGCUGGAGGAGGACCCUUCGGUGUUCGACUAUGAUGGGGUAUACGACGAGAUGAAAGACAAGAUCGCCCGCCCCAAGAUUCAAGAUCGCACUGAGAGGAAGUCAAAGUACAUAGAAGUACUUAUGCAAAAAGCAAAACAACGUGAGGUUGAACAUGAAAUAAUAUAUGAGAGGAAGCUGUUAAAAGAGAGAAGCAAAGAUGAUCAUCUCUUUGUGGAUAAGGAGAAGUUUGUGACAAGUGCCUAUAGAAAGAAGCUUGCAGAGCAGGCAAAAUGGUUGGAAGAAGAGAAGUUGCGCCAAAUUCGUGAGGAAAAGGAGGAUGUAACAAAGAAGAGUGACUUGAGCGACUUCUACUUUGGCCUCAACAAGAAUGUGGCCUUUGGCGCACGGUUGGAUGAAGACAGAAAGGCUAAGAAACAAGAUCAAGCAAAUAAUGGUACCCAUGAAGCUGAAGGUAGGCUGUCAGAGACUAAAGAUCUCAUGCAUUCUACUCGAGAUAGAGAUGAAGCUUCUACUCAAAAUAGUCAGCCUGAGACUUCUCGUCGCUCUGAGAAACAUUCUGAGCAAGCAGCUGUGGAAACUGCACCAGAAAUUCCUGUAACACAUGCCACUACGGAAGAGAAGACUAAAGCUGAACAAGCAUUGCCUGCUCAUGCAGCGGAGCGCUACAAGAGAAGUGAGGAUGCACUGGCUGCAGCAAGAGAACGAUAUCUGGCCCGCAAGAGAGCAAGAGAAUGAUGAUGAAUGAAGAAAUAUGGAGGCACAAAUCCUGUCAGCAACCUGUCUCAUUGGUGAUCCUAGUGUUAACAGUCACAUUUUGGAUGAACUUCAUCAGCAAGUAUGCAUCUAGAUUUUUCUCUGUGCACGAUUUUGGAGCGCUGGUCUCUGUAGACUAGUUGGGUUGACGAGAUUAUCCAUGUUGUACUUCUGGAAGGCAAGGUUUGAAAGUUGUGCAUAUCCAGCUCAUCCUUGUGCAGGUAAGCAAUGCCAUAUGGUCUGAAGAGCGGUCAAGUAGAAGAAGGUUUUCAGAAUGCGUGCUUCCAUCUAGCUGCAGGGACGGUACUAAUUGGCUAGUGGUGGCUCUGUUGUGGCAUUUGCAUUUCAAUGGAAUAAAUGAGGUGUUUAACUCGCUCUACUCUAUCAUCUUUCUUCUGUAUUCUGGUUUAUGCACCUCCAGGAAUGCUGGAUGCGCUUCUUUAAUUAACAUUCAUUGAUAAAACUAAGGUGCAUGGAUGAGAUAGUCGGUCUCUAUGAUAUUCAUUGUGACUUUGUUUUAAAUUAUCUCAACUGAAGGCACGCUUCUUGGUUCA